UUGGAUCCCCACUCCAUGCGCACAGCACAGGGCGUCCGGAUAACUGUCCACUUGUUGCUCCCCUAUAUUGAUAAAGACCGCAUGAGCCGCCGCGAGCGAAGGGAGAUCAAGCAUUGAGACGCACAUGGCGGAUGGGGCUCCCAUUGCAGGCGGCCGUUUGGCUGCGCGUUGGAGGUGCGAACCUGAGGGACAGGGUCUGCUAAAGAUACAUGCGGCAGCGGCGAUAAUCCAUUUUGUGCGUGCUGUCAUUUGCACCUCCUCACCGCCCCACUAAAAUUAGAUUAUUACACAUAAAACAGGGCUGCUGGAAUCUGCUCCGUGUGGAAUAACACCGUUGGCGCGGACAGGAAUGCGGUUUGAGAAUACAUAGCAUUUCUCUUCUCCUCGUCCCUGGACAAUUGGAAAUUAACAAAGGUGUUACUUGUCAGAUGUGAUCGUGAUAACAUGCCCAUGCAGAUGUCAGGUUCAGUUUCACAGUGGAGGAGUGGUAGGACGUGUAAUUGAUCGGCUCGGUGACAUGAUGUUCCUGCCCUUCUCCUCUCUCCCCUCCUUGUCCCUCCCUUUUAUCCUUCUUCUCCUCCCUUUCCUCCCUCCUUCCCUCCUUUCCCCUUCCCUCUCUCACUCCCCUCUGAGCUGGACCUCACCCCAUGACCCCUGCUACCACUUGGAUGGGCGUCCGCGUCACUGCCUGUCAGAAUUCAUCAAUGCCGCCUAUGGUGUCCCCGUCAGUGCCGCCCACUCCUUCCGAGGAACACCCGGCCAGAACGCUGUUAACGUCAGCUCCCUCACGGACCUCCACAACCCCCACAACCUGACUUGCUGGACGGCCCAGGCGGGAGGCCCCGACGGCGGGGACUGGGUCCUCACCCUUCACCUGGGCCGGCGCUUUGAGGUCACCUACAUCAGCCUGCAGUUCUGCCAGCAGGGGGAGCCGUCGGACCCCAUCUCCUUAUCCGUGCUGAAGUCCAUGGACCAUGGGCGUACCUGGAGGCCCAUGCAACACUACUCCAGCGACUGCCCCGGGAGGUUUGGGCUACAGGCCCAGACGGUAGCCCAGACCAGGCACCAGGAGACAGAGCCUCUGUGCUCAGACCCUCGGCCCCUGCAGAGGCACCGGGGAGGCAUGUUGCUGGCCUUCUCCACCCUGGAUGGAAGGCCCUCCUCUCCAGACUUUGACUACAGCCCCACCCUGCAGGACUGGGUGACGGCCACGGACAUACGGGUGGUGUUCCACCAGGUGACCCAGUCCCAGCAGUCCAAGGUGGGGAGUUCGGAGGGGGAGAGGGGUGAGGCCGGUCAGGGGGAGGGAGCAGGUGGGGGGUUUCUUAGGUGGAGGGCAGGGUCGAAGAAUGAGGCUGUGGUGGGUCAUGGGGAUAAGGUGAAUGGGGACAACAAUAAAUGGGGGUUUGCGGAGAAGGAGAGAAAAAAGAUAGAAAAACGAAGGAGGAGUGGAGGAGGACACAACAAAGGGUCGGGGGAUCAGGGAGAGGACGGACACAACGUGACCCGGAAGGAGUCAGAAGGAGACUCUCCAGAAAUGGACACCUCCAAAAGAGGAAACGGUAAAGGAAAAGGGCGUGGCCUCGAGAGGGAGGGGGGCCACCAUUGGAGUCCGUGUCAGGAAGGCAGUGUCUGUGGUUGGACAAUCGAAAGCAAGCAGGGGAGAAUCAACAAGGGGCGGGAACUCCGGAGGAGAAGGAACAACCAUCGAAACUCUGAAGUGAGAGCGAAUCGGAAACUCGAGCUGGCUCCUCCCUCUCCACUGAUCUCCGCCCCCCUUGUCCUGUCCCCCCUGGCCCUCUCCGACCUGCAGGUGGGGGGCAGAUGUAAGUGUAACGGACAUGCCUCUCGGUGUCGUCGUGACGAUGCAGGCCGGGCGGUGUGUGUGUGUGAGCACCACACGGCAGGGGCGGACUGCGAUGUUUGUGAGGACUUCUACUACGACAGGCCCUGGCAACGAGCCACACCCAGUCAGCCACAACCGUGCGUCCUGUGUGAGUGUAACAGCCACUCCUCUAAGUGUCGGUUCAGCAUGGAGGUGUUCCAGCAGUCGGGCCGGCACAGCGGGGGAGUGUGUCUGAAGUGUCGGCAUCACACAGCGGGGCGCCACUGCCAGUACUGCCAGAACGGAUACACCCGAGACCACAGCAAGCCCCCCACCCAUCGCAAGGCCUGCCAACCGUGUCAGUGUCACCCUAUGGGUGCUGUGGGUCUCUGGUGUAACCAGACAUCGGGACAGUGUCUGUGUCGGGAUGGCGUGACGGGACUGAGGUGCAACCGCUGCGCCCCCGGUUACAAACAGGGGCACUCCCCACUCCGCCCCUGCAUCCGAAUCCAGGAGGUAGCCCCCACAACACCUGUAUACCAGCCCCAAUACAGUAUAGCUGAAGAGUGUGUAUCGUACUGCCUGCCAUCGCAGGUUAAAGUGAGGAUGAACCUGGAGACGUACUGUCUAAAGGACUAUGUCCUGAAGCUACAGGUCAGAGGGAUGGAGCGUUCGGGCCCCUGGUGGCAGUUUUCUGUCUGGAUUCAGACUGUUUUCCGUACAGGGUCUUAUUCCAGCGUGCGUAGGGGCCCGCAGGCCCUGUGGGUUCCCAACCGUGACCUCGGCUGUGGCUGCCCCGCCCUCCAGGUGGGCCGCACCUUCCUGCUAAUUGGGUCCGAGGAGGGGGGCCGAGGCCCAGAGGAGAGACGACUGGUGGCCGAUAGAUCCACACUGGCCCUCCAGUGGAGGGAGCACUGGAACCCCAAACUGAGAGGGUUCAGGGGGCAGGACAAGAGGGGCCGCUGCCCCCCGAAAUUGCCUGGGGGUGGGGACCCCCACAGGGGCCACUUGAAGCACCAUCAUUCAGAGUAUACACCACCUCACCUAGUGACUGAGAAAGAGACAGAGGUUGAGGUGCACCCUGAACAUACAAACCCACACACACAUCCACACACGCCCUCAGAUUCCAUGAAAGACAUGGAAGAGGAGGCAGAGCACUCUGUGGCGCUGGACACACACACUCACAUACAGUCCUCCUCACAUCACAGACCUGAGACCCCACAGGAGCAGCAACAGGAACAGACUCCAUCUCCCUCCACGCCCAGUCUCAUAUGUUCCACCCCUGUCUGAAACAUAGGAGGUAGUAGACAGAGAAAGAACAAGGGGUGAAGAGAAGAAUAAAUCUGGCCUAAAAUGGCCAUAAUCUCCAGCCGGCACAGCCAGAAGAGGACUGGCCACCCCUCAGAGCCUGGUUCCUGCCUUUCUAGGGAUUUUUCCUAGCCAC